AUGUCUGAUACUAAAGACCUUACCCAUCAAAACAUGGAAACAACAUCUAUCUCUUCAAGUCCACAAAGAUCAAACACCCCACAUGACCAAAACCAAACUACUCAAGAAGUAAAUAGCCAGCCCUCAGACAAGACAUUGCUCAAAGAGUCAACGACCACAAUUAUAGUGACGUUACCACAACAACAAAUAUUACUUGAAAACUCCCAAAUUGAUACCAACUCAGAUCACCCUAAUCUGAGCAAAAAUGAUUUUCAACCUAUAGAUACAGUAGAUGACUUCACUGAUAACAGAUUGAACCCCCUGUCAGACGGCAAAAUGAUAAUUGAAUUCGAACAAACAAGAAAAAUAAUCAGCAAAGUUCAAUCAAUCAACCGCCUAGAGCUACCAGAAAAACCAGAUGAUGUCCCAGUAGAUAUCAUUGAUAUUCUACCUUUCAAACUGCUACUGGAAGAUAAUACUAAACCCGAGCUACUCACGACAGACAGAAGCUACAACUUCCCAAUCAAGGAUAAGACCAGUGCCUUACAAUUUAUCGCAGAAAUACAGAGAGAAUUUAGAACACCAGAACCUCUAUCCAAGAAUUAUGUGGAGGUUAAUUAUACAAAAAAACCAGACCUACCAUUAGACUACUCACAAAUCAAAGAAAUGAACCUAACAAUACCAAUUACAUCAUCUAAGCAGUUGGUCAAUAUAGCACGAGAACUUCAUAUCCACUAUUUUUUCCAUAAAAUACCACCCAGUUGGAUACAAAUCCAAACGAAAGAAACAGGCACCACCAGCAAGGAUACAAAGCCACCCUUACCAGUAACUAUAGAAGAACUGCAAAACCAGUUAAUAACCCUAGACCCCGGAUUACAGCUACAAUUACCUAUUAAAGCAUACAAAGACAUCGAAACAACACUAGAUA